CAGAUAAGAUGUGAUAUGCAUAUAUAUUAGCGAAUAUGACCACUAUUUUUCUUUAGUAUCUUAUUAAGUGCAGUGCCGCAAUAUAUAAUACCCAAAUUCAUAUUAAACUUUAACUGGAAAUGGAUCGAAACCCUAAAAACAAAGUGAUAGUGAUAACUGGAGGCGCAGGGGGCAUAGGGUAUGAAAUGGCGGACCAGUUUUUACAAAAUGGAGCCAAAACUGUAAUCCUUUUGGACAUCACUGAAGCUGUAGGUAUCACAGCUGUCCAAACACUAAAUGAAAAAUAUGGAAAAGAUAAAGCAGUUUUCAUUAAAUGUGAUAUAACAAAAGAUUUGGAAAAAGUCAGCAGUGAUAUUUUCAAAAAAUAUGAAGUUGAUGUUUUAAUCAACAACGCGGGCAUAUUAGAUGAGAGUGAUCUCAGGAAGACUAUGGAAAUCAACUGCAUAGCUUUGAUGGAAUGGAGCAUGAAGUUCUUCGAGCACUGGAGAGUCGACCAGGGAGGUCGAGGUGGUACAAUCUUCAAUGUAUCUUCAAUUUGUGUAUUAGAGUACAAUUCUUGGCUACCCUACUAUAAAACUUCGAAACAUGCUGUAUUGGGCUUUACCAGAUCGCUUGGGCAUCCGUUUAACUACAACAUAACUGGUGUGAGAGUCAUUGCCGUUUGUCCGGGAUUCACAAAAACUUCAAUAUUGGAUGGCAAAAUAUGGGACAUUCAAGAAGCUGGUUUCAAGAAACUGAUGGCAGAAGCUGUGAUGCAGGUACCAGAGGUAGUUGGCAAGGCCGCUGUGGAGAUCUACGGUGUGGCUGACAGUGGAACUGUGUGGGUAGCGGCAAACAAUGAGCCUAUCAAACUUGCACCAAUGUGUUAAAGAGACGUCUGGAUAAACUCUUCGUGUGUAAUACAUUCAUAUGCUCUAUUGAUGUAAUGGCUAAAUAAAAAAAUAUUGAAUCUUCAAAAGCUGA